CUGAAUGUUUAGUGGAAAGCGGGUGAGAAUAAGAAGAAUGUUAUGCUGGCCACGCCGUUGCCGGUGGUGAAGGACUUGGAGAAGGAUUGUAGGAAUUCUUCGUACGCUGGGUGUACGCGCUGCCUGCAGUCGCUUGAGAAGGUAAGUGGCUCCAUCAUCAAUACGGAGAGCACCACGAUCGAGCGACCAAGAUGUUCACCGAGACUGCAGCUCAUGGGGUUGACGUGGCUCCUCGCCAAGAACAAGACGCUCUACAUUCCUACGGUGUCCGCUGUUCUACGCGCCGUACUCUACAGUAGCCACCCGCCUACCCAACCGUACAAGUGCAGCCCGGACCAGGAGAAAAUGCCGUUGGCUGUGGACUCGCUAGUGAUUCAGAAGACGGAGUCGUCGUCGUCGGCGGUGGCUUCUUCCGAUUUUGCCCUUGGGCUUUGGGUUUAUUACGUCCAUGUGGUGGUGGCUUUGUUCCUGUGUUUUGGGGGGACGGUAGUGGAUGUGGUGGCGUGAGAAGGCGAGGAGGGUGUUUUUGUCAUUUUGGAUUGUGGUGGGUGUAAAUGAUUUAGU